UUUAUAAUAUUGUAUAUGAGUCUACCCAUUUAAUCAUAAAUAAUCACCAUUUAAACCUAAAUUUAGUAUCAUUUUUUAUCUUGUGGUCCUCAUCUGACACCUAAUAAUUUUGUCGAGGACAUAAAGAUGAUAAAUUCCCCUAAAUGACCAUUAAAUUAUUCGUGAUUGUCAAAGAAUUAAAUCUUUAUAAACUGUUCCAUAUAAAUAUCCCUAAUCAGCCAGAACAGCUUUUGAUCACAUUGAGGAUAUUUUUAGUAUAUUUAUUUAAGAUUUUUCCUAAUUAUAAUUUUUUAAAAAAAAAUUUAUUAUUUUUAGAACUGACAAAAAAUUUUAUUCAUGAAACUCGCAAGUUACAAUGUGAACACCAGAAAAAGUCACGCACAACUGACAAAAAAUGCAAAAAUGGUUCUGACCCUUUCAUCUAUGCAAUAGAGCCCCAUGUUGAAUUACAUCAAAAAUACCACCUGAAUGAAGAGACUGUAGAAGUAAAAAUUUUGGACCAAAAGGAAAUCCGUGUGGUAGUAAUCAAUAGAGUGAUUUGUAAUGAAACCAACGUCUGGGCUUUUGAAGAACGUGAAUUAUGCGUAGUUGGAAAACUAAAUUUCGACGGUGAAUUUAUAUUUAACAAUAAUGAUGAAAAUCAAGGGGAAAAUUAUAUUCAUAAAUAUACAAUUUUAUAAAUAUUUCCAAUAUUCUAAAAUUAUAGGGUAAUGGUGUUUGAUUAUCUUUCUGAAAUCAAUUAUAAGGGAUCAUAAUUAUAAAAAAUCGGAUAUUAUAUAUAAAUAAUUUUAAUUAUAAAAUUUAUAGGUGUUGGAUUACUUUUUGCUUUAAA